CAUUUUGCCAUGACUGCUCCGAAGACCCCAGCAGCUCCUACCCAUCAACAAACGAGCAACACAUCGAUAUCUGAAAAGGAAUGUUGGACGUGCGGAGGCAACCACGAGGAUGAAGAUUGCCCGCAUCGCGUCUUCAUCGACCGGUCCUACAGCCAGUUAGCAGCUCCUCCAAGUCAAUCAGCGGCCAGGUCGGCCUUGGUCCGGGAAGCGCGAAGCCUCACAGGGGUCUCCCUCUCUGCUCCUCCCUCUCCUCCCUCCCCGCUACCUUACCCGCCCACCGCCCGCCCCGUCCGACACAGCCAACAACGGCCGAGCUCCAGGGAUUCACCGGCCUCCCACCUCCUCUCUUUCCUGCCAACUCGGACGCCACGCAGUGCCGAGCCGGUCGCCCUUUGCGGACCGGGUCCGCCCGUUUCU